CAUAUUUUAACGACCGGCUGAUUUCCGAAUGAUCCAUCCAUCCAUACUAAAUUAAGACGAGUCGAGUUAAAGUAAAAUCCAGAAGCUUAAUUUAAUUUUGUAAAAAUUAAGUAAAAAUUCCAUUUUCAUAGAAUCAAAAACAUCAUUCAUUACGACGGACACGAAUGUCUUCUCCAGGAGAAUGGUACAAUUCACUCCCCCCGAUAAGUAAGGCGUAUGGAACCUUGUGCUUGGUGACCACAGCAGCAGUUACACUCCAGCUACUGCCGAUCUAUUAUAUUGCUUUGAUCCAUAAAGAAGUAUUUUAUCAUUUUCAGGUGUGGAGACUGCUUACGAACUUCCUUUUUCUUGGCCCUUUUUCUAUUAAUUUUGGGAUCCGCCUAUUAAUGAUAGCAAGAUAUGGUGUUCAAUUGGAAAAUGGCCCUUUUAAUAGGCGAACAGCUGACUUCUUAUGGAUGAUAAUAUUCGGUGCAUCAUCACUUUUGGUAUUAUCUGCAUUUCCUUUCUUUGAGUCAUACUUCCUUGGGGUGUCACUGGUUUUUAUGCUCCUGUACGUGUGGAGCAGGGAAUUUCCAAAUGCCAACAUCAGCAUAUACGGCCUCGUGCAACUAAAGGCAUUCUAUUUGCCAUGGGCGAUGCUUGGUAUGGAUGUGAUAUUUGGUUCACCGAUAGGCCCUGAUUUGUAUGGCAUCAUAGCCGGACACUUAUACUAUUUCUUGACGGUUUUGCAUCCUCUGGCUGGAGGGAAGUUUAUACUGCAAACGCCUAAGUGGGUACAUAAAAUUGUUGCGAAGUAUAGAAUUGGAGCUCCAAUAUAUACGCCAACUCAACCAAGUACGAACACAAAUGGGGUAUUUAGAGGAAGAUCAUAUCGUGUUGGUGGCUGAUAUUUUGUUACUAUUUUCACUAGAGAUCUUGAAGCUAGGGAAGAUGGGAGACACAUUUUGGAUAUCAAAUGACAUUGUAAAAGUUAAAUACGACACCGAGAGUGUGUCAAGAACUCAUAAAUAUUUUUAUUUAUAUUUAUAGGUUUGAACAUUUUGUACA